UGUAUGGGGAUUCACGCACGUUAGAGUUGAUGUGAAUCGUCACAUGUUUUUGACCGUUGGAUGUCAAGUGAUCUAAUGAUUGAGAGAGUCGCAACACUUGACUUGCCAUGUGUCACCCUUAUCUAUAAAUAGGAGUGAUUGUCGUGGGUUCAACCAUUCAUUCGUUCCUGAUUUUGGUUGGGUACUCUAAUACCAACAACUUGAAGUGCUUCAUGUUUGUUGUUAAGGUAAAAAAUAUCUUCUCUGUCUUCUUUUUUGUGUUUGAUAGUUUACAUAGGAUUGAUUUCAGAAAUAUGGAGAUAAUAAGUUAUGAUACACUAGUGUCUCCAACUGUAGAUGAGGCUUCUCAAAGUAGUUGUGUGAUUAGGGAGUUGAGCGACAACGAAGUUGUCUACCAACGGGAUGUCGAGGGUGACAACAAUAAGGGGAAUGUUCCCAAUAUGAGUAUGACUCGGUAGAGGGUAGUGUUUGGGGGCACUUCUCCAAAUUUAGGGCCAACAUUAAUCUUAAUUAUUUCAUGACCAAUACCUCCUUGGUAAAUGAUGGGUAUUCAAAUACCAUUGUGUUUGUGCGACAAUGUUCUACUUAUGUGAUCUGUUCCGACCGAGGAGGCACUAAGGAGGAGUUUUUUUUUUAUUCUAAUCUUACCAUGAACUUACAUGUUCAUUUUCCUUUAGUUAAUGUCAUAGUGGAUGUUCUUUGGCUAUUGAAUGUGGCUGCCACCCAACUGCAUCCGAAUAAUUGGAGGAAUCCACAAAAGUAUAAAUCUUGGUCGAGGUUAAUGAUGACUCCUGCGGAAUUGGAGACCAUGUCAAUAUUGGACAACCUUCCUCAUAGGCUUCACACUUGUAAUUUCUUACAGGUGUACAUGUUCAAGGACCGACUCGGUGCUUUUGAUGGUAUGACCAAUUCCUUCUUGUCUAUUUCACUUAUUCUUUUUCUAACCUUCUUUUAUGCAUAUGUCAUGGCGGCUACUGAUCUGAGAGUGGGAGAAUGUUUCUUUAAAGACAUAUUGGCCUGUCAUGGUGUUACUGACACUGUCGGGGUGGGUACCUCAAGAACGGGUGGUGCAAGCGAAGCAUGUCCAUUUGUAGCAGUUGUCGCCAUCCCGAGUGUUAUGGUGGAGGAUGUGAGUCAUAUCCAGUUGUGCUAAUUAUUGGGAGCCAUGUCACUCCUACCAAGCGGUCUUGACAUGAUGACUAGGAGAAGGGAAAAGAAAUUAGGAAAUCGAUAAGCUCCUCAUCGGUUAAGAAAGCAUCAAAGUCAUCCUCUGGUAAGGAACUUUUGAGUUGUCAUCUUCAUGUAGCCGACAAGGUGAGUGUGGUCUUUCCCCUACCGAACAAGAGGUGUUUACCUCUAUCCCCAUUGAGGAACUGCAUGAUGUCUUCUUGGAGCUGGCCUCUCGCACCCUUGUUUUAAGAAAAAAGAUGGCUUCUAGCCUUUAUCGGCUGUGUGAUCUAAAUGUUGAAAAGCUAAAUGCCAAGUUAAAGGAAUUGGCUGCCUCCAUAAAGUCUACAUUAGAUGCUAAUGUUGAGCUGAAUGGCCGAGUAUGGAAGUCGAUAAGACUACCAGAGAGGUGGCUUAUAGUCAAGCGUGAAGGAGAAGACAAAGAUACUCGCCUCACUCCAUUCCACAAUUAGGUGACCAAGAAAGACUUAGAGGUUGUAAACCUUACUAAGAGCUUGAAUGAUGAAGUUGUUGCUCUAUGGCAUAUGCAGACUAACGUAGAACACCUAUAAAAUAGAUUACAAUUUAUUGAAGAGGUUGCCAUGAUGCAACAUGAGCUCGACUCUACUAAGUCGCUCCAGAAAUUUGCUAAUUUUUAUUAAAUGCCUCUGAUGAAGGCAAAUUCGAUGUCGGGAAGGAUUUUUACAAAGGUGAGUUAGUGUUGACAGAAAGCAUCCCGUAUGAGGAGGGGGUGAACAUCAAAGUUGUUUGUCUUCCUCUUGAUGGUAAUAAGUCAUAGUAUUUUGUACCUUUUCGGGUGUAUUGUCCUUGACUUUUUGCUUGUAAUGAAUGAUUACUUUACAUGAUCAAUGGUGUUUCAUUUUUAA